GCCGGAGGGCUUGGCAGGGCUGGCAGGGACGCUCGGCGGUGGGGCAGCUCUCGGGCGGAGCCAGCAAUGCCGGGGAGCCGGGCGGCCUGGCCGCUGUCGCCACAGCUGCUGCUGCUGCUGCUGUCGCGGGCCUCAGCGCUGCACACAGACCAGCUCUUUCCCUAUGGGGAGUCCAGGGGAGACUUGCUCCUGCCGGAAGGCGAUGACGAAAGCUCCGCACCCCUGCAGCUGGGACUCCCUCUGCGCUUCUUGGAUGCCCAGUUCAACAGCCUGUAUGUGGGCACCAACGGCAUCAUCUCCACCCAGGACUUCCCCAGGGAGACCCAAUAUGUGGACGACGACUUCCCCACUGACUUCCCGGCCAUCGCCCCCUUUCUGGCAGACAUCGACACGAGCAGGGGCAGGGGCCGGGUGUUGUUCCGCGAGGACACUUCGCCGGCAGUGCUGCGCCUGGCUGGCCACUACGUGAGCGCUGGCUUCCCGCGCUCUGCAGCCAGCUUCAACCCCACCCACACCUUCCUGGCCACCUGGGAGCGAGUUGGUGCCUACGAGGAGGUUAGGCACGGAGCUCAACCCUCGGGGGAGCUGAACACUUUCCAGGUGGUUUUGGCCUACGAUAGGUCAGAUACCUUCGCCCUGUUUCUUUACCCUGCCAAUGGGCUGCAGUUCUUUGGCACUCGCCCCAAAGAGUCUUACAACGUCCAGCUGCAGCUUCCAGCGCGGGUGGGCUUCUGCCGAGGGGAGGCCGAGGACAUGAAGAGAGAAGGACCGUAUUUCAGCCUGACCAGCACUGAGCAGUCUGUGAAAAACCUCUACCAACUAAGCAAUAUGGGGAUCCCCGGAGUGUGGGCCUUUCAUAUUGGGAGCAGCUCCCCGCUGGACAACUUCCAGCCCGCCACAGUGGGAGGAGAGCUCUCUGCAGCCCGCCCUGGGACACCCAGGGAGCACCCCACCAGCCACACUGCGGCCCUGGAAGGUGACUACACAGAGGGCAAUCUGGAUUAUUAUGACGAGAAUGAAGAGGAGGUUGAAUACCCCCCAAGUGAACCAGGGGAGACGGCGGACAAUCACAGCAGAGUGGAUGUGUCUUUCGAGUCCAGAGGCGACAUGGGCCCCCUGGGAGGGGGGCUUUCUCCCCCACACCCUGACCUGGCCUCCUCUGUGCCCCACCCAGCACCUGCUGUCUGGCCAUCCCACCCUGAAACAGAAUCUGCCAACUCGGACCCUUGGGGCAAACAGACAGCACCUCUGGGAGGCGAGGAGACCUCGGGUAUAAAAGGCCACGUGCAGCCUUUGGAUCAGGAAGGGACCCAAGGCCCAGCUCUCUCAGAGGUCCACAGAGAAUCCCUGGCUCCUUCCCAGGAGGGCCCAGCACCCCAGCCUGGAGACAGAAGCAGCGUCCAGCCCUACUCCGAGGCAAGGCCCGAGCCUUCAGGACCCGAGCAUCCUGCAGCCCACCCCCAGGAAGGGGAGCUUCCUAAUUACGCAGGGCCAGGCCAUACUCCGCUGGUGGGUGGAGAGAGGCCGGUGGUCGGAGUGGAAGAUGAGAUCAGUUCCAACACGGAGGUCUUUACGUAUAACUCUGCCAACAAGGAAACCUGUGAGCACCACCACGGCCAGUGCUCCCAGCAUGCCUUCUGCACGGACUAUGCCACCGGCUUUUGCUGCCACUGCCAGUCCAGGUUUAACGGAAAUGGGAAGCACUGUCUGCCAGAAGGAGCACCUCAUCGCGUCAAUGGGAAGGUGAGCGGUCAUCUCCAUGUGGGGCACACACCUGUGCACUUCAGCGACGUGGACCUGCAUGCGUACAUUGUGAGCAACGAUGGCAGAGCCUACACAGCCAUCAGCCACAUCCCACCACCAGCAGCCCAAGCCCUGCUCCCCCUGACGCCAAUUGGAGGCCUGUUUGGUUGGCUCUUUGCGUUGGAGAAACCAGGCUUCAAGAAUGGCUUCAGCCUCACAGGUGCUGCCUUUGUUCAUAACGCGGAAGUGACUUUCUACCCAGGAGAAGAGAGGGUUUGGAUCACUCAGACUGCCGAGGGACUUGACUCAGAGAACUACCUGAUCAUGAAGACCAACAUCCAAGGCCAGGUGCCCGCCAUUCCAGCAAAUUUCAUGGCCCACAUCCCACCCUACAAAGAGCUUUACCAUUAUUCAGACUCGGCUGUGACUGUCACAAGUUCCAGAGACUACUCUCUUACCUUCGGAGCCCUCAACCAAAUGGGCUCGUACCGCAUCCACCAGAACAUCACUUUCCAGGCUUGCAGGCACGCUGGACGCCAAGCCGUCCCCACCCCCCAGCAGCUGUCGGUGGACCGUGUCUUUGCCUUGUACAGUGAGGAUGAAGGAGUGCUCCGAUUCGCUGUGACCAAUCAGAUUGGCCCGGUGGAAGUGGACUCAGAGCCCAUUCUGGUGAAUCCGUGCUACGACGGGAGCCACACGUGUGACUCAGCAGCUCGGUGCCACCCGGGAACUGGUGUGGACUACACCUGCGCAUGCGCGCCCGGCUACCAGGGCGAUGGGCGGAGCUGCGAGGAUGUAAAUGAAUGUGCGACGGGCUACCAUCGCUGUGGCCCCAACUCUGUGUGUAUCAACCUACCAGGAAGCUACAGGUGCGAAUGCCGCAGUGGCUAUGAGUUUGUAGAAGACCAGCGCAUGUGUGUCUUGAUCGCCCCUCCUCCCAACCCCUGUGAGGAUGGCAGCCACAACUGUGCCCCUGAGGGGCAGGCCCGCUGUAUUAACCACGGGGAUGGCACGUUCAGCUGUGCCUGUCUGCCAGGCUACACUGGCAGUGGAUACCAGUGCUCUGAUGUUGAUGAAUGUGCGGAAAACAGAUGUCACCCGGCAGCUACCUGCUACAAUGCCCCUGGCUCCUUCUCCUGCGUUUGCCAACCUGGGUAUCUCGGAGACGGCUUUCAGUGCACACAUGAGCCCACCCAGAGGCCCCGGACCGUCUGUGAGCGCUGGAAGGAAAGCCUGCUGGAGCACUACGGUGGCACACCCAGGGACGACCAGUAUGUGCCCCAGUGCGAUGAUCUGGGCCACUUCACGCCCCUGCAGUGUCAUGGAAAGAGCGACUUCUGCUGGUGCGUGGACAAGGACGGCAGAGAGGUGCAGGGCACACGCUCGCAGCCUGGCAUCACGCCUGCGUGUAUACCCACGGUCGCUCCACCCACCAUGCGCCCCACGCCAAGGCCUGACGUGACGCCUCCAUCUGUGGGCACCUUCCUGCUCUAUGCCCAGGGCCAGCAGAUCGGCCACUUGCCCCUCAAUGGCACCAGGCUUCAGAAGGACGCGGCCAAGACCUUGCUGUCUCUGCAUGGCUCCAUAGUCGUGGGAAUUGACUAUGAUUGCCGGGAAAGAAUGGUGUACUGGACAGAUGUCGCUGGGCGGACAAUCAGCCGGGCCAGCCUGGAGCCAGGAGCAGAGCCUGAGACUAUCAUUAACUCGGGUCUGAUGAGCCCGGAAGGACUUGCUAUCGACCACUUCCGGAGGACCAUGUACUGGACGGAUAGCGGCCUGGAUAGGAUAGAGAGGGCAAGGCUGGAUGGCUCUGAGCGCAAGGUCCUCUUCCACACGGACCUGGUGAACCCCCGCGCCAUCGCUGUGGAUCCCAUCCAAGGCAACUUGUACUGGACCGACUGGAAUAGAGAAGCUCCUAAAAUUGAAACGUCUUCUUUAGAUGGAGAAGACAGGAGAAUUUUGGUCAAUAAAGAUAUUGGACUACCCAAUGGGUUAACCUUUGACCCCUUCUCCAAACUGCUGUGCUGGGCGGAUGCAGGAACCAAGAAACUGGAAUGCACACUGCCUGAUGGAACUGGACGGCGCGCCAUCCAAAAUCACCUCAACUAUCCCUUCAGCAUUGUCAGCUAUGCAGACCACUUCUACCACACGGACUGGAGGAGGGAUGGUGUUGUAUCAGUAAACAAAGACAGCGGCCAGUUUAUUGAUGAGUAUCUCCCGGAGCAGCGGUCUCACCUCUACGGGAUAACUGCAGUCUAUCCCUACUGCCCGCCAGGCCGAAAAUGACUCCGUAAUGUAAAGGACCUGAUGUUUACAACCAGAAUCUUGACCCUAAAGAACAUUUACUACAAAGGAAGAAAGUGAAAAAGAAAUUGGUCAUUAGAAGUUCCUAGACAUACAAGAUGAACACUUUUAGUGCAAAAAGACUAAGUAUAUUUUGUGAAAAAUUUAUACCUCAAUCUUUACUACUGUAUUUUUUUAAAAAAAAAGGUUAAUGGAAGUUCUUUAAAAAGGUCAUUUUAUUAGUUGCUUGUUAAAAGCAACAUUUUAUAAACAUAUUUAAAAGGUCAAAUUCAUUCAAGUAAGACUCAAUUAAGAACUUAAGAAGCUGAAUCUAAUUUUUGCUAUGGAUUUUUUUCUGGCCAAGAAAUGAAAGCACAUGUGUUCGGUAUAGAACUACGAUCCUGGGUACCAGCAGUGUUGAUGUAGUUAGAGAAAGUUAUGUAGAACUGACAGGAAAGAAGCAACUUACAGUUCCCUCAGAAGUCCUGAGUUUCCUUACCUCUGCAUCAGGUGCAUUUCUGUUUAUAUUACAAGGUGCUAGAAUGAUUCAGUUUGUAUUUUCUAACCCUGUUAAGGGCCUCUACAGAAGUAGCCACACAAACUAUUACAUUUAUAAAUACCAAAGAAUAGCCAUUAUUCAGAUUUUCUAGAUAACGUCAAUAAAAUAUUUUAAAUUUU